GUGGGUGUGCUGUACGUGUCCUGGUCAACUUCAACCAACAGCUCCAGCUUAGCCCAUCCCUUAGCUUAACGCAGCUCGACCAACAACCAUGAAUGUUCUAGUGAUCUUGGCCUGCGUGGCGAUGGUAGCGGCCCGCCCAGAACCACCGGUCGGUGGCUACCACUACCAGCAGCACGGUGGUGGCCACGGGCACGCCGGUGGUCACGGUGGCGGCCACGCCGGUGGCCACGCUGGCUACAGCUACCAGCAGCCGGCGUUCGGUUCGAUCAACCAGUUCUCGGGCACGGCUGCGACCGCAUCGGCCGGCAGUGCCGCCACCGCUUUCGACUCGCUGGCGCUCGGUGGUGUCUCGUCGAGCUUCUCGGGCGCUGCCGCCAACACGCAAUCGUUCGGUGGGUCUUUCGCCGGUGCCAACGCAAACGCUCAGUCCAGCGCGUUCGCUGCCGCCCCCACCCAGCAGAUCGUGCAGAAGCACAUCUACGUGCACGUGCCACCGCCGGAGCCGGAGCUGAGCUUCCAGCAGACGAUCAGCGCACCGGCCCUCCGCCAGAAGCACUACAAGAUCAUCUUCAUCAAGACACCGUCCGUGCCGUCGCAGGCCGCCCAGCUCGCCCUGGCCCAGUCGCAGACCGAGGAGAAGACGAUCGUGUACGUGCUGGUGAAGAAACCGGAGCAGCUCGGUGACAUUACGCUCCCAUCGCCGGCCAUCGCCAAGCCGAGCAAGCCCGAGGUGUACUUCAUCAAGUACAAGACGAACAGCGAGGGUGGUAAUGCUGCGGCGUUCGCUAACGCCGGUGCUAGCGCUGUGGCCGGUGCGGGCGCUGCCGCCGGUGGGCUCGGUCUGCUGUCCUCGAGCGGUGUUGCCUCGUCGUCUGCGUCGGCCGGUGCCUCCUCCGGACAUGCCCAUUCUCCAGCCAACACCUACGGUGCUCCCGGUGGUGGCAGCCAUGGAGGCUACCACUAAGCGUGGCAGCGAGCACCCCUCGACGGCAGCAACAGCACCGCCGCCGUAUCCUGUGGGUGUCCACUACUACUACUACUACUACUAGCCCAAUUUUUGCCACAAUUCACGCUCUCUUUGAGAGAAAGAGAGAGAGAG